AUGCAGUACAGUUCUGGAUGGACGGCCCUCCACUGGGCUGCAUUAUUUGGUAAAGCUGAGUGUGUGUCUACCCUCAUCCCGGUCACGCCGCCCACCCCCGAGCUGCUUCAGGCCGCCGAUGGACACACCCCGGUGCACCUCGCCAGCUUUGGUGGCCACGAGGCUGUGCUGAAGGCCCUGGAGGGGGCUGGCUGGCCUCUUUACGCAAUGGACGGCGAUGGCCUGACACCCCUGCACUGGGCUGUGAGGGCAAGGAGUCUGGACGUGGUCAAGUACCUGCUGGAUAAGGACACGGCGCCCAGUACGGGGGCCGAUGAUGACCUCACGCCGCUGGACUUGGCUAAGAGGAAGGGUAAAGACUUAGCAGCGAGGUGGCUGGCGAGGAGGAGCGGCGCGGUGCACGGGGACGCCGCCCACAGCCUGCUGCCUGAGAUACCUGAAGCUCUCACCUUCCUCCAGCAGCUCCCCAUUCAGCAUCACAUUCAUUCUGCCACCAUCAACAUCCCUUAG